CAAUCAGAAAUUAAUGGCGAACAGGUCACGUGCUCAGAUUUCGUGGCGUGCUAGCUGCUGAUUUCGGCAGCCAAACCGGGCUGAGGCAUAGUGAAAGACGGACGGAAUUUACGCGAUUUUCACCGUAAGGAGGCCUUUUGGGCUUCCGGAAUCGAUCUGGAAAUAAGCAUUAAGGCUUAAGCUUUAAGAUGACAAUAAUAUUGUUUCUUGUAGACACCAGUGCGUCUAUGAAUCAGCGCACAUACUUAGGAACCUCUUUGAUCGACAUAGCGAAAGCAUCAGUCGAGAAUUUUAUGAAGAUAAGAGCUCGCGAUCCAAACAGUCGGUGGGACAGGUACAUGCUUUUGACUUUGGAGGAUCCCCCGUCAAAUAUCAAGGCAGGUUGGAAGGAGAAUCAUGCAACAUUCACUGCUGAGUUGAAGAAUCUGACAGCAGCUGGGAUAACCUCUAUGGGAAAUGCAAUGAAAAGUUGUUUUGAUUUGCUCAAUGUUAAUCGAAUGCAAUCUGGAAUUGACACAUAUGGGCAGGGAAGAUGUCCUCACUAUUUAGAACCUGCAGUGAUCAUUACACUUACUGAUGGUGGAAAACUUACCUCUUUUAGUGGUGUUCAGCCAGAGUUGAAUAUUCCCAUGAACACAUCUUGCGUCCCUGGUCAUGAGUUGACAAAGGAACCGUUCCGAUGGGAUCAACGAAUAUUUGGCCUUGUAAUGAGGUUACCUGGCAGCGUGCCAAUUGAUCUUAGUAGUAAUACAUUUAUCCCAUCAGCAGAUAAUCAUCCACUAGAUCUGAUGUGUGAAGUUACAGGAGGUCGUUCAUAUGCAGUUUAUAAUCAAAAGAUGUUAAAUGCAGCAAUAGAAAGUCUUGUGUCUAAAGUACAAAAUGGCGUAGUAAUACAAUUUGAAAAAAUAGGUCCUGAUCCACCAUUGUUGCCAAAUGAACUAAACAAGCUGGAGAACGAGAGUAUGAAAGAAAAUCAAAGUAUGAAUGGUCAGAUAAUCAAAAUGGAGGAGGAGCCAAAAGCUGCAGCCACACCCCCACCCUCCCAUUUACCGGGAAACACAAGUUGGCAUAACCUACGGCGUUUGAUAUUAGUACCACGGUCAGCGCAGAAAGGUUAUUCUGUUGGUCACUGGCCAAUACCAGAGUCUUUCUGGCCAGAUAAUACAAAUCAAACUUUGGCACCAAGAUCAGCGCAUCCAAAUGUUCAAUUCUCGUGCAAUCCCUGUGAGCCAAUGGUUAUAGACAAUCUACCUUUUGAUAAAUACGAACUCGAACCCUCACCCCUUACGCAGUAUAUAUUGGAGCGUAGACAACCAAAUGUUUGCUGGCAGGUUUUUAUAAGUAACAGUGCUAGAUAUAGUGAACUUGGACAUCCUUUUGGAUAUAUAAAAGCCAGUAGUACAUUGUCUAGUGUCAAUUUAUUUGUGAUGCCCUAUAAUUAUCCAGUGUUAUUACCAUUGUUAGAUGAGUUAUUUAAGGUUCACAAAUUAAAGCCGUCCCCUCAGUGGAGACAGAGGUUUGAUAACUAUAUUAAAACUAUGCCAGGAUACUAUGCACAGCCAUUGAAGAGAGCGUUAGCUAGAAUGGGAGCUCAUAAUCUAGUACCAGAGAACAUGGACAAUUGUCUUUCAUAUAGUGUGAUCACCUAUCUAAAGAAAUUGAAAAAUAUGGCCAAGAUGGAGAUGGACAGAUUAGUGGCAUCUGUUGGUUCUAAAGUUCCGCCACACGAGGGUAUUAAAGUUAGCUCAAGAACAAAGACAUCUGUAUUACAAAGAAAGGAUUUUAGCCAAUUACUGAAGAAUGUUGGAGGGAAUUUAUCCAGCCUUAAACAGGAGCUUACAGAUUACAACACAUUUACUAUAGCUGUACCUGAUAGAGAAAUUAAACCUCAACAAUUUAGGAAUCCGUAUGAUAUUCCGCGGAAGAGUUUAUUGGAUCAGAUAGCUAGGAUGAAAACCAAUUUCCUACAGACAUCAUAUACCAAUAAAACAAAACUUUCAGACACUGAUGAAUUACAUAGUGUGCCCAUAGGGCAAAUGGGUAAUUACCAAGAAUACCUCAAAAAAAUAUAUAGUGAAUCGCCGCCACUACGGCAGUUAGAAAAUACACCAACUAGAGUCCAUAUGUUUGGAAAUCCUUUCAAAGUUAACAAGAACAUCAUGGUAGAUGAGGCUGAAGACUCUAUGUUAGGGGGCCAGCAGUCUCAGAAAAAGAGAAAUAUGGAUGCUGCACCAGGGUCACCCGGACCUCGGAAAAGAAAACCAGGGCCGCUACCCAAAGACACUCCAAUACGACGUCCAAAAACACCACCAGUUGUUCCCAAAGUGGAAAAGUUGGAGCUGCAACCAAUGUCUCCAAUAAAAGAGGAAUCUGAUUCAGAACCAGAAUCGCCAUCACCCAAAGACUUUGAUAUGAAACCUGUGAUAAAGGAGGAGCCAGUAGAAAUAAAUCAUGUGUAUCAUAGUGACAGUGACACUUCAUUUACCAAUCAUGUUACAGAAUUAAAAAAUGGGCGGAUUAGUCCAGAAUCCCCAACCAAUGAGAAAACAGUGAUAAAUAAUAAACAUAAUAACAAAUUGAAUCAUAAGAAAGACUUGAAAGUGUGGAACCAUAAUGUGUCAUUACGGCAGCUUGUAGUGAAAGAAAUUAGGAAACCUGGAAGAAGAUAUGACACUCUGUUUGAACAUAUGAACAAAGUUCAGGGAAGUUAUGAAAUUAAGUGUGCCUUUGUCCAGGAGAUUAUUCACGAGGCAGGAAGGUUCAAGAAGAAAGUGCUCAUUGACUUGUUGGAAAAGUUCGAAAGAUCUUUGACUCAACAUUCCAAAACGAAUGAUAAAUUUAGAUGAUGCUGGCGUGCAAUGAAUGUGUGUGUGUAUAUGUGUGAUUUUUGUGUGGCAAGUUAACUUAAACCUGUAUGUGUAUUUAUUUACAUAGGAUGCCUGUUAAAAAUCCAGUUAUACAUCAGUUAUACAUUAAAAUAAACCUCUUAGGACAAGAAAUUUACAAUGGUUA